AUGAAGGGUUGGAAAGAGAAAUAUUUAUCUCAAGCGGGGAGGGAAGUGUUGAUCAAAUCGAUAGCCCAAGCGAUCCCUACUUACACUAUGCAAUGUUUCUCCGUUCUGAUGAGCAUUCUUGAUGAGGUUGAGAUGUUGUGCCGUAAUGUUUUUUGGGGUCAAAAGAGGGAGGAGAGGAAGAUUAAUUGGGUGGCUUUGGAAAAUCUAUACAUUCCUAAGAAACAAGGUGGACUUGGUUUCCAAAAUAUGAGAAGCUUCAAUAGAGCUCUUCUUGCAAAACAAGCUUGGCGCAUUCUCACUAAGGAGGACUCUUUAAUGGAAAAAGUUCUUAAAGGCAAGUAUUUCCCAAAUACUUCUUUCAUGGAUGCAAAAAUUGCCUCAAACUCGAGCUACACAUGGAGUUCGAUUAUGAGUGCACGUGAUGUGCUUUCAAAGGGUAUAAGAAAGAUUUUGGGGAAUGGAGCUUCUAUUGAUAUUUGGAAGGACCCCUGGGUUUCUACCCUUCCUAAUUUUUAUGUAUUGAGCAGCUGA